AUGCCGGACGAUGUCAGCAUAACAUGGGAUCCCAAGUUGCAACAAGCACACGCAAACAAAGCCAAAAUGAGCGUCGGUGCCUCCAACGACCUAGAGCCUGAGACAGGGUAUAGAGAUGAGACGGACUCUAAUACUCAGCGCAACACACCGAAAGCGUUGUCGGCGCAGGAGCCUCCAGGAGUCAUUGACGAACAAGGUUUCCCUGGGUUGAACGGGCAGUUAGAGUAUGGUGUUACUGGGUCGCCCGGCUUUGGCCCGCUCAAAGCACAACAGUCUCUGCCUUCGUCCACUCAGAACUCCUCGAAUUCAUUGAAGUCCAUGUCUGCUCAAGAGGACAACCGCAAUGUUGGUAUUGGUGGUGCCUUUGUCAACCGCGGUCUCUCGACGAGAUCCUCACAUGGACAAAUUCGCGGCCGCCGUCCGUCUCACUCAAAGUCAUUCUCGGCUUCUCGCUCCAGGCCAAACGACUCACAUCCCACAUAUCCCGCCCAAUCUCUCGCGACUCUACAAGCAUCUUUUGCUUCAUCUCCUCGUCCUGCCCAUCCACUUCGGACACGGAGUUCCCACCCUGCCCAGACUCUCCUCUACAACGAAAUGUCCGUCUGGAUGAAGCAGAGCAGAGAGCAACAGACCGUCUCUGACAACACCAGGACGGCAGACAAUACUCCGAUGUCGAGCCCUGGGCUCUUCAAUCCUGAUGACCCGCAACCUCAACUACAUCAUCUUCAGCUCCCCAGGGAAACGCACACGGUGGAAAUUGAGCACGAUACUUUUACAGGAAACAAAUUCAUCAACAACUACGAAAUUGUUCAAGAGUUGGGUCGUGGCGAGCAUGGCAAGGUCAAACUUGGCCGAGAUAUUGAAAAGGGUACCUUGGUAGCUGUGAAAAUAGUGCCAAGAUACUCUGCGAAACGACGGCUGGGUCGGCUUGGAGCUCCAGAAGACCGGACGAAGCGAGAAGUGGCUAUUCUCAAGAAAGCAAGACACCCCAACGUUGUCAGUCUCCUAGAAGUCAUCGACGAUCCCAACAAGAACAAGGUGUACUUGAUAUUGGAAUACGUGGAGAAAUCAGAAAUCAAGUGGAGGAAACCAGGUGUUCGCGAAGUGCUCGCUGUCAACAACAACCGUUUCUCCCAAGAGCGUGUGGGCAACGAGGUGCCACUUGAAGUCAGUGAAAAGGACUCGUUUAUUGUUGCGCAGGCUGCAAGACGCCAUGAUCUGCAGCAGCAAGAAAGAGCUCGGUUGUCGAACGCCCGGAAUGUACCUCAUUGGAGCCUCGAACAUGGCGGCGACGACGAGGAAGAUGAGUUUUCGGACAUCUCUCGCUCUGCCUCACGGACAUUCUAUCCAUCGAGUCCCAGCCGGACAAGCUCUCACGACGGGUACUCCAGCUCCGUUCUCGCGGGCAGUAUGUACGGCGCAUAUGUUCCGGAGUCUUACCGAGACCGGAAGUUCAGCAUCGCCAACAGUGCCGUAUCACACAUGUCGUCCGAGUUCAACUUCGACGAGUCAGACGACGAACACGGCUUUGUCCCUGCUCUGACACUAGAGGAAGCGCGACGAGCUUUCCGAGAUACACUCUGCGGACUUGAGUUCUUGCAUUUCAUUGGUAUCAUUCAUCGUGACAUCAAGCCAGCCAACCUACUAGUGUCGGCCAGCGGCAAUGUGAAAAUUUCAGAUUUUGGAGUUUCCUAUCUCGGCCGCCCGACGACAGAAGAAGAUUCCGAAAAUGCGCUUACGGAAAAGGACGUCUCGACCUUGGACGACGAGAAAGAGCUGGCCAGGUCAGUUGGUACUCCAGCGUUCUGGGCGCCCGAACUCUGUUACGAGGACCCGUCGAUGUUCGAGGAAAAGGAUGGCCCAAGAAUUACUGGGGCUCUCGAUCUUUGGGCGUUAGGCAUUACCCUUUACUGCAUGAUUUACGCUCGCCUGCCCUUCUAUGCCAAUGAUGAGAUGGGACUUCACGAAGCCGUGUGUAGGGCCGAAGUUUUUUGUCCCAAAAGUCGACUUAUCCCCGUGGACACUUCACGCGACAAACCAUCUAACCAUGUCCCUUCUUCUAUCAACUGCAACAAGCGGUUGGACUAUGAGCUCAAGUUCGAGCCCAUUCCAGACGCGGUACGUGAUUUGAUCAGCAAGCUCCUCAUCAAAGAUCCUGCAAAGCGCAUGACGAUCAAAGAAGCCAAGAAACACGAAUGGGUGGUGGAAGGCAUGGUGGAUCCUGGGAAGUGGAUCAGAGGACCAGAUGAACUUGCCAAAGAUAGCAAGAAAAAAAUUCUGGAGAUCGACGAUAAAGAAUUAUCUCAUGCAGUCGGCAAGCGAAACAUCAUCGAACGCGCCCUCAACACAGCCGGAAGAAUUGCAGGUAGUCUUCUCGGGCGAAGUAACACGCGUCGCCGAGCUCCGAGCUCUGCAACUUCUGCGAGUCAGUCUAGCGAAUCCAUAGCAUCACCAUCGGGGUCCAGCGCUAGCACAGUCGGAAAGACUGACCGUGACAGGAUAGGAGAUGCGCGAAGAUCAAGCCUGCGAGGUGACGAGCUUCUCGCGGCUCUGAAAACGUCACGAGAAAACUCCGAGCAUCCUCUUGCACAAAGUCAGACAGCCAGUCCGGACGAAUCCCCGCGCGACAGGUACUUCUAUGAGCCAUCAAUAGCAUCAGCGGCAGUCAGCCCUAUGGAUGAGCGUCAAAGCAGGCCUCGUGGUCCUGACCGAGCCGCCUCCGCCAUAUCCACUGCCGAGUCCGUCAGAACUAUCAGAGCAUCGCAAAUGCAGAGGAUGCCACUUCCCCAUUCAGAGACUUUGCCCGAGCUCGAGCGACAAGUCCUCCCGGACCGAGGCAUAAAAGCUAUGGUCGAUGGUCUUUGGGAAGGUACUACCAGGACCCUUGGUCGACUUGGGAGUAGAGAUCGGCGCUCGCAAAGGGGUGAUCAGUCGCCAGCGCCGAGUCGUCAUUCCUCGGAAGGUGACGCUCAUGCAGGAGCUAGCAUUGCUGUCAGUACAGCUUCGGCCGCUGGGUCUAUCGAACCACCUGAAGCCUUAAGGGGUAGUGUGGGUGUCGUGUCACCGAUCGACUACAACACCGCUCCUCGCGAGUCGGCUGGUAUGAACAUACAGAAUCAGAGGUCCACGGUUCAAGCCCCUGCAUCCUCCCAUGGGGCAUUUGAGCAAGCACGGGAGGUCAACCAGCGAAGGCUAAUUCAAGAGGCCAAUUUCCAAGCCGAAGCAGCUGCCGAAGCUGCCUCGAGGCCGCAGAGCCAGCCAGUCCCCGAUGAGUGCCCUCCGUCUCCUGACGAUAUUGCUUUCCUCGAGAAGCAACGCACGCGGCCUACGAACGAACCGUCCCCCUUCUCGAUUGACUCUAUCCAAGGUGGCCCGUCAGCAAGCACCAUUGCUUCCUCACUGGAUGGGUAUGAGGCCAGCAGUGUGUCUCACAGCAUGUCUAAUCCGAGCUUUGGUAUUAUAUCCAGUGCUUCUUCACCACCUGGAGAGGGCUACUACCACACAGAUCCUGCAGAGGUUCCUCGGGAUGGCACACUAUCUGCCAAAGAUGCCGAGCCUGACUUCAUGCGCACGGCUGACACUAUAAUCAAGCACGGAAGACUACAGCAGCAUGCUACAGGUGCAGCACUAGAAGACUGGCCUGUUCACUCAUAUGAUGACGACCACGAUGGAUAUAGCGACGAUGACUCCGAUGAAGAAGGCAUAGUGAUGGGCAGCUCGCACAAGAAGCUAUGA